GUUGUCAGGGCGAUGGCGUCUCAUCACCCUGAGUUCGUAUGCUGCAGCAAGAUGUACGGUUAACCACAUACAGUCGGCUACUAGGACGGUCCUAAUACUGCGACGUCGAUCAUCGGAGGAAUAUGUCAGAAAUAAACUGAAGAUGAGUUUGUCUUACCGCUAGAGGACUUCGACACUGGAUGUAUGCAGUACCCCGAAAGCUCUUAAUUGCAACGUAAACAAGAUCUUGACUAAUCCGCGUUUUUGGCCGUGCCGAGCUAAAGCUGUUUAUUCGCGCAGCCGGUGGUUUCUACGGUUUCUGGACAGGGGUAUACAUUAGCAAAAAUGCAGACAAAAUACUUGAGCGUCUACCUGCCAUAUGUGACAUAAUGUCCGUGUUGUCAUAUUUUGAGCCAAGUUGUCACACGCAGUAAUUUGUACUGCGACCACCCAGUUAACAUUAUUUAUUAAUUAUCGCCAACUACCUAAAUGUGCGCAUACCUGGCUUAGUAUUGAAUUAAUUUAGCUAAAUCAUCUUUAUACCGCCGAAUACAAUAUAGAGCUCGACGGAAGCUGGGGACCUGGUCACUGAUGACUUUAUAUUAUGUUACUUGAAUUAGAAGUUUACGCACACUUUGCAUAAAAAAAAAAAACAUUUUUGUUUAAAAAUGAAGAUGGAGCCACAGAAAAGUGUGACGGAGGAGCUCGCACGUCCGACUUUACCACCGAUAAGCAGGGAGAGAGUUCCGCUACAGAAGAGCAAUGUGUGCUCCCGGUCUUAUUUCAUGGUAGUGAUGGUGUUUUUUCACGUUUACAUCAUUAAUGUAAUUGCUCUGCUGUUGUACGUGCACUACAACAACGGCGCCGUGGAACCGGGCGCUGUUGGCGGAGAGCCCACAGCCAGGGACAGCCACCGCCACCCACCACCCGACUUUCAUCUUCAUGAUCCCGAUUCGAGAUCAGAGCGGACUAUGUACCUUCCGCGCAUCGAGGGGAUCCGGGUAGGACACGUCCAAAAAGUGUCGCUGGUGCCGAACAAGGUCCAUGAGAUGCGGACGCUGAGUCUGAAGCCCUUAUUGUUCGAGAUUCCAGGAUUCCUGAGCGAGGAGGAGUGCCACCUUGUAGUGCAGCUGGCUCAGCUGAAGGGUCUGACGGAGAGCCAGGUGAUGGUGCCCGAGGGUCAGGAGGACAUAGCCGAGCAGUUGAACCUUUCCUCUGAGGAGAUCUUUAAUCUGCUGGACCUGAACCAGGAUGGACGUCUGCAACUGCAGGAGAUUCUGACCCACUCCCGUGUGCAUGACGGGAUCUGGCUGACACCAGAGAACCUCCGGGAGAUCUAUGCUGGACUGAAAGCCGACCCAGAUGGUGAUGGCCUGCUGAGCUUGGAGGAGUUCCAGAGGCUGAGCACCAACGCCUUCCAGCGCUUUCUUCAGCAGCGCGGAGUUCAGCGCAGCCAGCUGGUGCGCAACAGCAGGCACACGUGGCUGUACCAGGGCGAGGGGGCGCAUCACGUGUUACGGGAGCUCAGGAAGAGGGUGACUCGUCUAACCCGCCUGCCCCCCAAGCUGGUCGACCUUAGUGAGCCACUCCAGGUGGUGCGAUACGAGCAGGGGGGGCACUACCACGCCCACCACGACAGCGGCCCCGUGUACCCAGAGACGGCCUGCACCCACACCCGCCUGGCGGCCAACUCCUCGGCACCCUUCGAGACCUCCUGCCGGUACAUCACUGUGCUGUUUUACCUGAACACCGUGGAGGGAGGAGGAGAGACGACAUUCCCCGUGGCUGACAACAGGACGUACGAGGAAACAGCCCUAAUACAGAACGAUGUGGACCUUCUGGAUACAAGGAGGCAUUGUGACAAGGGCAACCUAAGAGUGAAGCCCAUCAAAGGCACAGCGGUCCUCUGGUACAAUUACCUGUCUGACGGCAAAGGCUGGGUGGGAGAGCUGGACGAGUACUCGUUGCACGGUGGCUGCGUGGUGACCCGUGGAAUGAAGUGGGUGGCAAACAACUGGAUUAAUAUUGACCCGAACUAUGAGCGCCAGGCACGCUACCAACAGCUGGUGUCACAGACAGUCAGUUCUGGAAAUCCUGAUGCCGAUCCGGAUCCGGAACAUCACAGUGACCUCCAUCAGGAUUUGUAGCCUUCGCCUCGAGCUCAGACAACCGUGAUCCCUGAUCCUGUUAUCUUCCUGUACAUGACGGAGCCCCGAUCUCACCUUUGGCUUCACCACAUCCUGGCUGCAGCAUCACAUCCAGUAAACGUGUGUCGUCUAAGCGCUUGUCCUGCUCAAAUCCUACACAGUUAAUUGUUCGAUUUUUCUACUAUAUGAGGUCUUUCUUACCAAAGGCACUUUGUUGUAUCUCUUCUUUCCAUCACCUUGUCGGGCUUGGUGGGUAUUUGAAGCAGGGGUUUCAGUGAUACCUCGGAUGGAUGUCUGUCUCCUAGGUCUGUUUAUGGGUGACCUCUGGAAACAAGCAGGUAGCAAAUAGAACGAGGAUGCAGGCUUCUAAUGUAAUAUGUCUCCCUCCCACAUGAUCACCUGCAUGUUUCUCCUCUGUAGCCUGAAGCCUGCUUAAAACACAGCCGAAGACCAUUACAGUUUUAAUACCUUUAGUCAUUUUAGAUAUGUGGAUUUAAGGAGGUUUAAACAACGAGCGGUGAAUUUUUUAAAACUUUGAAAUGGAUGCAAGGUAUCAUGCUGGCUCAGGUGACAGAACUGUUGCCUCAUUCCUUCCGGGUGGGAGGGGGGUUUGAAUCUCACAUGUGCUCAGUGUGUGUGGAGUUUGCAUGUGCUGCCCAUGUUAUGCGCGUUUUCCUCCUGCAGUGUGUGUGCCCUGUGAUGGACUGGCAUCCUGGUCAGGGGGCGAACGCCGGUCUUAUGCUCUGUGCUGCCUGGGAUUGGCUCCAGGUUACCCUGAUCAGACUAAGUGCUUGUAAGAUGGAUAACUGAUUACCUGUUUGUACCUUUUUGGCAGAUGCCAUUUCUGGCUCAUUUCAGAUGACAUCUUGCCAUAAGGUGUAAACCCCAGCACAGGCACAUCUGGUGUUGGAGUUUCACAUGUUUUGUUUGUGUUUUUUUUAACAAGAUGCUCAGUUAAUACAGGUGACUAUAAGCUCCAGGUACUCAGUGAUUCACUUUUCUGAGAAAAACAGGUAGUUGUUUAAAAGAUUAGCUGGAACAAAAACUGACCACUUUCUGGUUUGGGACCAGAGCUGGUUGCCACUGGUUUAGGGAAAUCUGCACAGUGCAGACUGUGUCACCAUUGGUGCAGGACUUGACUGAGUGUAGUAUUUUACCUGUGUCUCCAUUUCCCCUCUCUUGGAAAGACCUGGUAGGUAGACAGAAGAUUCAGGGAUAUCUAGCUUUGAGUUUAUGCAACUGUAAAUAAAAUGUUGUCCUUAUCUGUGUUUAUUUCUGCUUUUUCCUCAAGGGACUUGACAUUACAAAAAAAAACCAAAUCUGGGUUUACAUGUGCACUUUUUCCAGAGUUCAAAUAAGGAACAUGACAACACACUGUCAUUUAGACAUAUUUGUCAAUGUUUAAUUUAAUUAGAUGUUUGCUUUUGUUUCUUUUCUGCCAAAGACAUUACCAAUAGUUUGCUUAUACUGAUGUGAUUUUGCUACAGUUGCUUUUGGCAUAGAUUUUAUGUCAGAAGUGUUCACCUAUGUAGCGGUCUGAUGCUUUGAAUCCUAACAUCAAGCCAUACUGUGUACCAAACUGUAAAGCAUGUUCUCUCUGCUGCUCACAUUUUGCAUUUUGGUUUGCUUAUUUAUUUAUUUUAUUUAUUUAUUUAUUCUGUUUUGUGUUGUUUUAAUGUUGUCACUUGCAUUUUGUGUCUGCCAGUCUGUGUUAAUAUGCAAUGAGAAAUUUUUAUUUAUGCACUUAUUUUCACAUUUACUUUAUUUAUGCUGGUUUGCAAAUUGCACAAAUUAACUUCUUUUUACUGUAAAUAUGUGGACCUUUGAAGCUGGAAUAAAAUACUGAUGAAAAUAA